GUGUACGGUAUACUGCCAAGCUCUAAAAUACCAUCCAGUCAGAAUUCAAGUCCAAAGGUAACCAUUCCUUUAGCAGUGAGCAAGAUGUUCUUCAAGGGCUCAACAACUUGUCUUCUGUUUCUUAGCUUAGUCUGUGUCCAGAUCCACAUUUCACAUGAGGAGCUGAGUACGGACGUGGACGAGGCCAGAGAGUUUUUGGCAAACUAUGGAGCCACGGCUAAGGUGGUGUACUUUGCAAGUUAUCUGGCUACCUGGUCAUACUCUACUAACAUCACCGAUUAUAACCAGCAAAAAGAUUUGGAAGCCGGACUAGUCGCAGCCGCCUUCGACAGGGAAGCCUAUGAGAACGCCACCAAAUUUGACGAGACAGGUUUUCCAGAUGACAUUAAGAGACAACUUAAGAAACUCAAAGACAUUGGAUCUGCUGCAUUGGAGCCUAGCAAAGUUGAAAGGUACAAUGAAUUGACCAGCACCAUGUCUGGAAAUUACGGCUCUGCUUCGGUAUGUCGACCGGAUAAUUCAAAUGAAUGCCUACAGAUAGAACCCGGUUUGGGUAAAGUCAUGGCUACCUCUGAAGACUGGGAAGAGCUAUUGUGGGCCUGGCAAGGAUUCCGAGAUGAAGUCGGGAUACCAAACAAACCACUCUACAGAGAGUAUGUGGCACUGGCCAAUGAAGCUUCUCGUCUCAACGGUUUUUCUGACAUGGGCGAUUACUGGAGAUCUGAGUACGGGGGUGAUACCAUUGCGCAAGCGUAUGAGCUUUAUAAUCAGAUCCUACCAUUGUACAAGCAGCUUCAUGCCUACGUCAGACGCAUCAUGAAUACCAAACACAGCGAUCACGUGGAUCUAACUGGACGUAUCCCAGGCAACCUACUCGGAGACAUGUGGGGUCGCUUCUGGGGCAACAUCUACAAACAAGUUGUUCCUUAUCAAGACGCCCCAAAUAUUGACGCCACGGACUCCCUUAGGGCAAAGAAUAUCACUCCACUCCAGAUGUUUCAAAUGGGCGAUGACUUCUUUGCUUCUUGCGGAUUGUCGAGAGUUAAUGAAAAAUUCUGGAUUAAUUCCAUGAUCGAAAAGCCAACAGACGGCAGGCAAGUCGUGUGCCACCCAUCAGCCUGGGAUAUGCAGAGUGGCGAUGAUUUUAGGAUCAAGAUGUGUACAGAGGUUACAAUGGAGUAUUUUCAAAUCAUCCACCAUGAGCUUGGGCACACUCAAUAUGGUAUGCAGUAUAACGAUCUGCCUUUCUUGUUCCAUGACGGAGCAAACGGGGCCUUCCACGAGGCCGUGGGCGAAGUGAUGUCAUUGUCCGUUUCCACGCCUGCGCACUUGUCCCAUCCGGAUAUCGAUCUCUUGGACGCCGCAGGGACUGAUUUUGGCAAAGAGACGGAUAUCAACUUUCUACUGAAGACAGCGUUGAAUACAAUUGGUACCCUGCCCUUCAGCCUCGCUUUGGAUCAAUGGCGAUGGGAUGUAUUCGCUGGUAACGUCACUGAGGAUAAAUGGAUGGAAAGAUGGUGGCAACUCAAGCAGGACCUUAGUGGUGUAAAGGCUCCAGUGACACGGACAGAGAAUGACUUCGAUCCUGGUGCAAAGUACCACUUUCUGGUCGAUUACCCGUUCAUUGGCUAUUUCAUCCGUACGAUCAUCCAGUUCCAGUUCCAGAAAGCGAUGUGUGACGCAGCGGGACAUACGGGACCUCUACAUCGAUGUGACUUCUACAAGUCGCAGGAGGCAGGACAGAAACUCAAAGCUAUGCUGAGUUUGGGAUCAAGCAAGCCCUGGCCAGAUGCAAUGGAAGCCAUUACAGGUCAAAGGUUAAUGACAGCAGACGCCAUCAACGCCUACUUUGCGCCAUUGAAGACAUGGCUCGAAGAGACCAACGAGAAGAAUGGAGAGAAAAUUGGAUGGGAGACUCAGGAUCCUGGUACGGAUUCAGCUAAUUCCGAAGCGACGAUGUCGCUGUUUUUGCUGCUACUGUGUUUGGUAGUAGCUACACGGUUCAUCCGAAAAUAGUUGGUAUACAC